AUGCUCGGCAAAUACCUCUUCACUGUCCUUCCUCUCUUGGCUCUCGCCGCCGCGUCUCCCGUCAAAAGGCAGAACGGCACCGCUUGGCCUGCUUUCGCUGCUCAAGACUACGCCGAUUUCCAGAUCUCAGACGGUACCGCCGGCCAAGCCCAAGCCGCCGCCAACGCCGUCUUCGUCGACCCCUUCAAUGGCUGCGACCUGUCUACUGUCGAUGCUACCAGUCUCAAGAAUAUCCAGACUAUGCGGGAGGCUGCAGAAGACGCCGAAACGGACCAGUUCAAUUCUGCUAUCGACGCUGCUAGCGGUGAUACCGCCGACGCUCUUUCAGCAGGCAAGAUAGCCAACAAGGUGUUGAAGCUUACGGGUGAAGUGCAAGCUCUUACGAUCCAACAAGCGCAAGGUAAAGAUACUGCGGACAAGAUUGCUGCUGAGCAGAAAAAGCUCGAUAGCAACAUUGCCACCGACGAGGCAUCCUCCGGCUCUGCUAUGACUGGCGUCACUGGUGGUAGCGCCAACGCUGCUGCUAUCGCCGCUGACAACUCGACGACGUCUUCUACGACCGAGUGUACCAAGUCUGCUUAA